UACUCGUCUCUCUCUAUCAGCAGCAGCCGUGCUGGUGUGGUGUGGUGCCUCUGUCCCUCUCGCGGCGCGGAAAGGAGAGAGAGAGAGGGCAGGCGCAGCAUCGGCAGGCAAUAAAUGGCAGUUUAGGUGCGCGCAGGCUCAUGGCGGCGUGGCAGGUCCUCUCUGUCGCCUCACCGUCUUAACUCCGGCCGCGCAGCGCGCACCACGAACCCCACCGCCGCUGCCUCCGAGCGCGCGCGCGGGGGUUUUAAUCCGUGCCCAGAGCGCCUGAGCUCGCCUCCCACAGUACAGACUACGAGCAGCCAGGGGGUCCGGCAGGCAGGCGGCGGGGCGGCGCGCUGAGCUGACCGUCCGCCUUCACCACCACCUAGCCGGGCACGGCGCCCGGCACGGCGGCCUAUGGAUUUGGGCGCAUGGCGGGGUUCCCUCUAGGCGGAGGAGGCCACAACAGCCACAGCCGCGACGCCCCCGCGCCGUCCGUCCCGCCGGUGCACCCCUCCGAGGCCGCCGCCGCCGCGUCCUUCCUCUACGCCGCGCGCGCGGGGGCCGGGCUGCAGCUAUGGCAGCAGCACGAGCAGCAGCAGCAGCAGCACCCCUUCUACGCCUCCAACAUCAUCCGCUUCUCCGAUGAUCCGUCCGGCGCCGCGCCCUCGCUCACGGGCGCCGCGUCCUCGUCCUCGUCGCGCGGCACCCGGGGCGGCGGGGCCAGCGCCGCCGGCGGCGUCAGCUGCCAGGACUGCGGCAACCAGGCCAAGAAGGACUGCGAGCACCAGCGCUGCCGCACCUGCUGCAAGAGCCGCGGCUUCAACUGCAGCACCCACGUCAAGUCCACCUGGGUACCCGCCGCCAAGAGGCGCGAGCGCCAGCAGCAGCAGCAGCUCGCCGUCCUCGCGGCCUCCGCCGCCGCCACCACCGCCGGCGCCGGCCCGUCCCGCGACCCCACCAAGCGCCCCCGCCCGCGCCUCUCCGUCGCCACACCCACCACAUCCUCGGGGGAUCAGCAGAUGGUCACGGUGGCCGAGAGGUUCCCGCGGGAGGUGAGCUCGCCGGCCGUGUUCCGGUGCGUGAGGCUGGGGCCGCUCGACCAGGUCGAGGCGGAGGUCGCGUACCAGACCACCGUCAGCAUCGGCGGCCACGUGUUCAAGGGCAUCCUUCACGACGUGGGCACUCACAGCCUGGGGACUCCCGGCGGCAGCGGCGGCGCCAUCGAGUACCACUUCCGCCACGCCGGGGACGGGUCGCCGCCCAGCACGGCCGGCGCUGGCGAUGUGGGCGGCGGCGGCGGCGGCGGUGGCGCGGCCAAUGUCAUCGUAUCAUCGGCUGUGGUGAUGGACCCGUACCCAACGCCCGGUCCCUACGGCGCGUUCCCGGCCGGCGCCGCCUUCUUCCACGGGCACCCGAGGCAGUGACCGGCGGCGCGCCCUCGCCAACCGUCUCGUCGCUGUAACGACACCGUGCCUCCCAUCUCUCGCUCCCUCGAUCUGUCAAUUUCGUUAGCUUCCCUAAAUUCUUAGCUUCUUAUUGAGAUGCAUAAAUUGAUGUUCCUUCUAAAGCCUAGCUAGCUUUGGCGCGCCUUAGACUUGUUGCUUUUUGGGAUCAUUUGAUGAGGUGAGUAGCAAUAUACUCAAGCCACCGCAAAUGGUUGCAAUCUGACAGUUAGGGACCUUGAUGAGAUAUUUGAGAUGAUUUCUUGCGCUGUU